AGUCUAAAAUACUUUUUGUUCUUUGUCAGUGUAAAUUCACUUAUUAUAUGGAGCUGACAUUUUAACUUUCCUCAUGACAGGUCUGAACUCAACUAUUGAAAAAUACAUAUUAGUGGCAUUGUCUUGUUCUUGUAUUAUUUAAUUAUUUUCUUAAAAAGUUACAACUUUACAUUUGCUGAAUUGUUUACUAAUAUAAUCUCUCUUUCCUAAUAUAGACUCCCUUCUUCUAAAGUUCAUUAGUACAUUAUAUGAAAGACUCAGAUAUUCCUGUUCUACCUGCUCUGGAAAACACCUUGACGAUGGGUGGCUCUAGAAUGUGCUGAAGGUGACAGCUGAUUGGCUGUGGCGUCUCUGCACUGAGAUGAAGAUAAGAGCAUAAACCUGUUUAUGUUUUCAGGAAGUGAAACUAACACAGUCACUCUGACUGAGAGGAGAAAUGGAGCUGAAUCACCUGGACCCAGAAACUUUCUCCUGUUCCAUUUGUUUGGGUCUACUGAAGGAUCCGGUGACUACUACCUGUGGACACAGCUUCUGUAUGAUCUGCAUUAAAACCCACUGGGAUGCAGAGGAUCAGAAACGAAUCCACAGCUGUCCUCAAUGCAGGAAGACAUUCAUACCGAGGCCUGUACUAAACAAGAACACCAUACUAGCAGCUUUAGUGGAGCAGCUGCAGACGACUGGACUCCAAGCUGCUCCUGCUGAUCACCGCUAUGCUGGACCUGAAGAUGUGGCCUGUGAUGUCUGCACUGGAAGAAAACUGAAAGCCAUCAAGUCCUGUUUGGUCUGUCUGGCCUCUUAUUGUGAGAAACACCUUCAGCCUCAUUAUGAUUCAGCUCCUUUGAAGAAACACAAGCUGGUGGAGCCGUCCAAGAACCUCCAGGAGAACAUCUGCUCUCGUCAUGAUGAGGUAAUGAAGAUGUUCUGCCGCACUGAUCAGAAGUGUAUCUGUUAUCUCUGCUCUGUGGAUGAACAUAAAGGUCAUGACACAGUCUCAGCUGCAGCAGAAAGGACUGAGAGGCAGAGAGAGCUGGAGGAGAGACGAGGAAACAUCCAGCAGAUGAUCCAGGACCAGGAAAAAGAUGUGAAGCUGCUUCAACAGGAGGUGGAGGCCAUCAAUCACUCUGCUGAUAAAACAGUGGAGGACAGUGAGAAGAUCUUCACUGAGCUGAUCCGUGUCAUCCAGAAAAGAAGCUCUGAGGUGAAGCAGCAGAUCAGAUCCCAGCAGGAAACUGAAGUGAGUCGAUUCAAAGAUGUUCAGGAGAAGCUGGAGCAGGAGAUCACUGAGCUGAAGAGGAAAGACGCUGAGCUGGAGCAGCUCUCACACACAGAGGAUCACAACCAGUUUCUCCUCAACUACCCCUCACUGCCAGCACUCAGUGAGUCUACACACUCAUCCAGCAUCAGCAUCCGUCCUCUGAGACACUUUGAGGACGUGACAGCAGCUGUGUCAGAGCUCAGAGAGAAACUACAGGACGUCCUGAGAGACUCAUGGACAAACAUCUCACUGAUGGUCACUGGGGCGGAUGUUCUACUGUCAGAACCAGAACCAAAGAGCAGAGCUGGAUUCUUAAGAUAUUCUUGUGAAAUCACUCUGGAUCCAAACACAGCAAACACACAUCUGGUACUAUCAGACGGGAACAGGAAAGUGACAUGGACGGUUAACAAUCAGUCUUAUUCUUGUCAUCCAGACAGAUUCACUGGUUAUUUUCAGGUUCUGAGUAGAGAGAAUCUGACUGGACGUUGUUACUGGGAGGUGGAACGGAGCGGGUCAAAUAUUUUUGUGGCAGUCGCUUACAAGAAUAUCAGCAGAGCAGGAAGUUGGAAUCAAUGCACAUUUGGAUUUAAUGACAAAUCUUGGUCAUUAGAUUGUUCCAAUUCUAAAUUUGGUCACAACAACAUCUGGACCUCCGUCUCAGGUCCAGUUUCCUCCAGAGUCGGAGUGUACCUGGAUCACAGAGCAGGUAUUCUGUCCUUCUACAGCGUCUCUGAAACCAUGACUCUCCUCCACAGAGUCCAGACCAGAUUCACUCAGCCGCUGCUGGCUGGAGUUUGGGUUUGUAACAGUGGAGGGUCUGCAGAGUUCUGUAAACCCAAAUAGAUUUUCUCUCUGAUUGUUGAUCAGGUUUCAUGGUUCUGAUGUUCUUUAUUUUUCUGGUUUCAUUGUAUUUUUUUAGUUCCAGGAGCCAUAAAGGAAAUCACUGCUGAUGUUUUUUUUCAUCCUUUUAUGACACAGAAAUAUUUCUCCACAUUUAAAUCU